AUGAAAGAAAAGCGGAAGACCUUAAAAGAUGUAACCAACAGCACUGUAAAGCUGAAGUACCCCAAAGAAAUUGAAAACGGCUACGUAACGGAUGAUAGGGAGAUUGUUGGCAUGGUGGUCAGUGAUGAGGAGUGUGGCGUGUUUAUGUACGACGAGGUGAGUGAUGGCGCGUAG